AUGGCAUCGAGACUUGUGCUGGUCCUUGGCGACCUUUUCAUACCAGACCGCGCAAUCGACAUUCCAGCAAAAUUCAAAAGACUACUCACACCGGGCAAGAUUGGCCAGAUACUAUGUCUGGGCAAUCUGACCUCGCCUUCCGUCUUCGCCUUUCUUCGCCAAGUCUCACCCGACCUGCAAUUGGUCAAAGGUGACUUUGACAUACCCGUAGUAUCGAACGCACCUUCACAACAACAGGGGCAGGGUGGCAACACGGCGGAAGCCAGCUUCCCCAUACCAACGGCACUAAGCAAGGUAGUCACGCACGGCAGUCUACGAAUAGGCUUCACCCACGGCGACUCCAUUGUACCGCCCGGCGACCCUGAUGCACUACUCAUCGCUGCACGGCAGAUGGACGUCGACGUAUUGUGUUGGGGCGGGACAUGCAAGUUCGAGGCCUACGAAAUGGAAGGCAAGUUCUUCGUCAACCCUGGCUCGGCCACCGGGGCUGUAAGUUGGAACGACGAAACGCUCGGGCCUGACGAAGGCGAAGAAGAGGGCAACACGCCAAGCUUCGUACUCAUGGAUGUGCAAGGCGAUGUCCUGAUAUUGUACGUCUACCAGCUCAAGAAGGAUGGAUCGGGGAACGAGACGGUUGGGGUGGAGAAAGUGUCGUUUCGGAAGAACGCCGGAGGCGCUUGA